AUAGCACACCAAAAUGAAUCCCAAUUCCAAUUCCUUAAAAAUAAACCAAUAUUCGAUAAUACCAAAUAGUGAUAAAUUUGGUACUGUAUUCGGUAUAUCCCAAAUACUGGUAGAUCACGUGGGGAAUAGAUCAGGUCAGUAACCUUAUGGUGAGUAACCAUGAGUAACCCUUCCACAUCAGCAUGAUAUCAGCAUCCUCUCUCUCCUGGAAAGUCUUUAAUUUUCCCCUCUUUAAUCUUUGACGGACGAUUUCUCACUCAUUUUAAGUCGAAAUUUAAUUGUUUUGCACAUUUAGACCAAAUUAAUUGUGCUCUUCAAAAUGAUAUCCACUUUAAUAUAUUUUUCGAACAAAAAAAAUUGAGCCAUUUUUUACCAGUCUAUACCAUAUGGUAUUGACUGGUAUUGAAAUAAAAGCAUACCUAUGGUUUGAAAAAGUACCAUGGUGGUAUGAACAAACCAAGACUGUAGGAUGGUUGAAUACAUGGUAGUAGAAGUAUAUUAAUUGUCAUUUAUGACUUUUAACAUUGUAUACCACACAAUACCACCCCGUACCAGGGUGGUAUUGUAUGGUAUUGUGUGGUAUUUUUUGGUUCUGUAAUUUGUUCACCCAUAAAUUUGUAGAUCCAAUAGAUCAUGAUGAACUCGUCCCUUCUGUGCAAACGUUUUCAAAAACGAAUUAAAAACGAGGAAGAUACCGUAUACCAGGGUGGUAUUGUAUGGUAUUGUGUGGUAUUUUUUGGGUUCUGUAAUUUGUUCACCCAGAAAUUUGUAGAUCCAAUAGAUCAUGAUGAACUCGUCCCUUCUGUGCAAACUUUUUCAAAAAUGAAUUAAAAACGAAGAAGAUACCAUAUGGUAUGCAGUUGGUACCGAGAGGCCAGAAUUGAAAAUUGAUAUCAUUUUGUAGAGCACGAUGAACUCGUUCCAUCUGUGCAAAAAAAAUUAAAAUCCGAGUUAAAAGGAAAAAGAUAUGAGUCAAUUAAGAAAACUAGAAAAAAUAAAAAUGAUCUUAAUUCACUUCUUUAGAUCUGAAUCUUCUAAAUAAAGAGUCCAUAUUUGAUUAUUGAUGGGUGCAUAACCCAUGGUUAUGCACCUAUCUUGAGUCGAUCACGUGACACUCAAUAAAUAAUUUAAUUCUCGUUAAUGGCGUGUUCGGCAGUAAUUAUUUUGUAACAUAGCUUACUAUAAUUUGGAAUUGGGUGCUGCUCACUAUUUGUAGAACAAAAAGAAUUGCCACUUGUCAGACUUAGCUAUGGUCCGGCCCCACACCUACUCAUCUUCCAACUCAUUUCUACUCCGCGUUCCUUCCCAGUUCCCCUCUCCUAUCGGCCGAAAGGUUCCGAUUUCGUUGACUUCGUCUUUCUCCAAUCGCCAAUCCUCUUCCCCUACCUUCUCCAUUCCGCCAUUUCAUUUCCAUUUCGCUUCCACCUGCUAUUCCUUCUCUCUCCGAUUCGCCCCAUCGUCGCCGCCAACCAUGUACAUGUUGGUUGACUGUUCAAACUGCCGGACUCCUCUUCAGCUACCGCCGGCGGCGCAAUCCAUCCGCUGCGCCAUCUGCCACGCUGUCACCCUGAUCGCCCAGCCUCGCUCCGCCGCCGCCUCUCCUCUUCAGCAACACAAUAGCAACGAUCGCCUCUCCAACCGCCCUUCUCCUUCCCCUUACAACCACGCGCCACCGGGGCCCCCACCCGCCGCCCACGGCACCAAGCGCGCCGUGAUUUGCGGCAUCUCUUACCGGAAGACUAAGCACGAGCUCAAGGGAUGCAUUAACGACGCCAAAUGCAUGAAGUACCUGUUGAUCAAUCGAUUCAAGUUCCCUGAAUCCUCCAUCGUCUUCCUCACCGAGGAAGAAACGGACCCGUACAGAAUCCCGACGAAGCGGAACAUGAGAAUGGCGUUGUACUGGCUGGUACAAGGCUGCAAACCGGGAGACUCCCUGCUGUUUCAUUUCUCCGGCCAUGGCUCUCAGCAGAGGAACUACAAUGGCGACGAGGUCGACGGGUACGACGAAACCCUCUGCCCCACGGAUUUCGAAACCCAAGGUACGAUCGUUGAUGACGAGAUCAAUGCGACCAUCGUAAAGCCACUCCCCGCAGGAGUGAAGCUCCACGCCAUUGUAGACGCCUGCCACAGCGGCACCGUUUUGGACUUGCCAUUCCUCUGCAGAAUGGAUAGGGGUGGAAAGUACGUGUGGGAGGAUCACAGGCCGCGAUCGGGAGCGUGGAAAGGAACGAGUGGAGGAGAAGUUGUGUCCUUCAGUGGCUGCGAUGACAAUCAAACCUCUGCUGACACAUCGGCUCUAUCCAAGGUCACUUCGACAGGGGCAAUGACAUAUUCAUUCAUUCAAGCGCUUGAGCGCGGGCAUGGCACUACGUAUGGCGACAUGUUGAAUUCGAUGCGGACCACCAUUCGUAAAACGAGUAAUGAGCUAGAUGGUGGUGGGAUCGUUACUUCUCUUCUCACCAUGCUGCUAGCCGGAGGGAGCCUUGGUAGCGGGUUGAGACAGGAGCCACAGCUGACUGCAAAUGAGCCAUUUGAUGUCUACUCCAAGCCUUUCUCAUUGUGACCUGGGUGACAUAUUUGCAUAUUCCUUCCCUCGUUGAUUGCCUUUUGCUUCUAAUAUCUUCCACUGAAGAAGGCAUCUAUGUAUAUGAGUAAUUACCAAUUUCUGCAAUUUUCUUCUUCAGUGGCCGCCAUUGUUUCCUUUCUGUGCUGUGCAUAUCAUGAUUAGUUCCAAGUUUAUACUUAAUGAGCAAGGGAGUUACUCUUUUCUUACGCUUUCUCGAACUCGCAUUGGCGUUAUGGUUUAACUUCUUAUUGGUGGGAGAACAUCAUGGUCAAGUAAUUUUUACUUUAGCACAUAUUGGAAAAGAAGACCUAGGUCAUGAGAUUGGUUAAACAUGUAUUUCAAGAGAGGUAAUUUGGAAAGAGAGAUUUUGUUUUUCGACUCUUUUCAAAGGUAGUUACCAUCCUUCAUGUUAUAAAUCGUUUAAUUGUUU